AUGCAUUCACCUGCAGAACAGACUAGUGCAGAUAACAGCCAAUUACUGAAAUCACCUGUGAAUAUGAAGCCGAAUAAUAGGAGAAAAAGCCCUGAUAAAUCCAGAUCGCUGGUGUUUUUGCCGCCCGAGACUCUCAGUGACGUAACGGAAGGGUCACGACCAGCAACUGACGCGUCCAAAAUAGCGAAGAGUGCGUUGUUCGGCGCACAAUCUAGUAUCCGUGUUAAGAAAUCUGGUGAUAGAAAACAGAAGAAAGAGAAGACAAACCCCGGAAAAGUGCGAGAUAGAAAAGAGCUUAAUCACUCAGAUGUGAAAGCAAACAAAAACGAUUCUGGGGGCAAAGGCAGCGAAAGCUUACUAGCGAAGCCCACCUUCGUACAAAACAUACUGAGAAGUCCUUCACCGAAAGGGGAACGAGGUAAUGGCCUUCACAGCGGUAUAUCACUUCCUGAGAAUGAUUUACGAAGUAAAGUCAAAGAAACAGGGGGAACUCUUAAGCCCCGAUCGAAGAAGUCCAAAGAGCAAAGCGCAAGCUCGAAGUUGAAGCAGUACAACGACGAGCAACAACGCGCCGCUGAUCGGGACGUGUCGUCGCAUUCUGGAGAAGAAAAUCUCGACGCGGAAUCGGACGAAAUAACUGUGAGUCUGACAAUGGAAGAGUUCCUGUUCGAGAAUGCAGCUCAAGUGGAGAAACUGGAGCCCAAGACUAAAAUGAGUAUGGAGGAAUUCCUCUGUGAGAGCCGCGUAGGGACACAGACCGUGGCCGACGGCAUUCCAUUUUGAGAUGAAAGUGUAU